GAUUUUGACCAACCAGCGACGGCUAUUGAUGGAAGUGACACACUCCCGCCAAUUCCGACUGAGGAGCGCGAGGGAGGCAGUGGGAUAGUCAGAAAGAAGAUGUCGGUGAAGAGGAUGUAAUUUUAUGUGACCUUUAAAGUGGAAUAAACAUUGUUUGAGUUGCAGCAUCGUAUUCGGCCGGAUAUCGGGGACGUAUUUGACCGUUUACGCAAACCUCCGUGUUGUUUUGCCGGUGGAAAUCGCAGACGCGAAGAGUUCCGGCUCAGUGGUUGGGAUGUUGGCAGCGGAAAACCCUCCCGUGGACGGACAUUUGGCAGCAUCGACACCCCGCCGAAGAGGUAAUGUGGAUGCUAUUGAGUGAUUAGCAGGCCUGCAGAUGGACUCAACAACUUGAGAGAGCUGUCUGAGGUUUUUUUGUUGGUUUCUCGUGCUUUGGUUCUAGUUUUGGCUCAGUACUGUCCGCUGAGUGAUGACAAACCAUAAUAAAGCCACCAUUUUAGGUCGACGUCGAAAUAUCAAUACCACCAAGUCAUGAAAUGUUAAAGAAAACUCAGGUUAUUGGUCGUGGGGGAAUAAGAAGCUGCUCAAACAGCCUGAAAGUUAAGCUCAUACUGCUAAUAACAUGUGACCCUGCAUUGAUGCGAUUAAAUUAAAGACAAUACUUUAGUUUUGAGCAAACUUUCUGUGUCAUUUAUCAGCUGGGUUGCUAUCUUUCCCCAAGGUAAUAAUCAGCUUGUGACUCUACCAGCAAGUUUAGCUGAACUGCAGUCUGAGCUCCUCACUUUUACUUGCUAGUCGUAUUAGCAUCAGUGUUUUGGUUUACCCUAACAUCUCACAUGAAAGUCGUUUCAUUGUGAUAAACCGCAGAGCUGUACCGUUGUCUCUGCGUCUUCAUACCUCCAAUAGCACCUCUCUGGUCUCAACUUUAUCUUGGUAGUUCAGUUUUCCGCACAGUAGUUUGUUUUCCCCAAGACAGACGACACCGCAGCUCCUCUCCCUGCGGGCUCGACUGGGCCUGCAGCACCGACUCAGCCCAGUUGGCGGGAGAGCAAACUAAACACAUCCACUGUGGUUAUAGACGAUGUCUUACUUAUAGAUGUCACGAUCAAUCUUUUACCUAAUGCUCCAUCUCUGUAGGUUAUUACCCGCUGCUUUUUCUUUCUAGUUUGAUAGACUUUCUCACAGGGUGUACAUUGACAACACGAACAUGAGGGCCCCACUUUAGUCGUCCAAAAUCAGGUUUUUGACUGGGUUUGAUCUAACCGUUUAUUUCUGAUAACUUCCUUAUUGUCAAAGUAUUGAUUUUGACCACGGAAGUGAUUGGUUGAUCUGUACCACAUGCUCAUUAUUCCUCUGUUUUUGUUCUUCUUUCAGGCAUGGAUUGCAAGUCGAGUAACAACGCCAAUAAGAAACUCAUUCAAGGUAUAUGAAACUGGGGUAUUCAUUAUCAAGAAUAUAUUGACAGUAGUGGGCAUAACACCAUCGCAUGUCACUUAAAACGAACUGGAUCAUUACAAUACUGUGGUGUCAAUGUCUUAUGAUAACGUGUUUAUAAUUAUCAUCAAUCAAUCAAUCAGUCUUUAUUUAUUUAGCACUUUUUAUACAUCAAAUCAAACUUUAUUUAUAAAGCGCUUUCCCUACAGGAAUGUGACUUAAAGUGCUUUACAAGUUAAAAAAAAAAAAAAAAAACUAUCCCAGAUGCCCCCUUACCCCCCCCCCCCCACCACCUACACACGCACACACAUGCCAACGCACCUGCAUAUACACACAGAAAGAGAAUGGGCAUGAGACUGAGUACAGAUGAACCAGUUGAGAAGGCGCCAUCAGAGGAGCCGUCAGCACCAGGAGCAGAGAGCCGCCCACAGCCACAGGACACCGACAGGGGGCCAGUGCAGGGAUGUCUCAGACAGCAACCUCCACCAGGAACCCCGUGGCCGGCCCCUGCAACCACGAGCAGCCACCGCUCCUGGUGCAGAGGGCUCCCUCAGAGGAAACACUGGGGGUCCUAAAAAGGAUAAAAACAAGUAAAAACUAAAAUAUGAAUAAACACAGACCUAAAAUGAACCUAGGCUAACUAGAAUAAAUGAAGAUUAAAAAAAUAAAUAUCAAUUAAAAGCUAUGCUAAAAAGGUGGGUCUUGAGCCUGCUCUUAAAAAAAUGAACGUUCUCUGCGGCCCUGAGGUCCUCUGGCCGGCUGUUCCAUAGACGAGGGCCGUAAUAUUGAAAAGACGCCUCGCCAUGAGUGUGUGUCCUGAUUUUUGGAAUGACUAGGAGCCUGCUGCCAGAGGAGCGCAGGGUCCGUGAAGGUUCAUAAGGUAAAAGCAGUUCUGCAAGAUGAGAAGGCCCAAGACCAUCAAGACAUUUAAAAACAAGUAAAAGAACCUUAAAAUCGAUCCUAAAUUGACAUAACAUGUAACACAAAGUAACAUGUAGCACAAGGUGCUUUACACAGGAGAAAGAAUUAAAGAAACAAAUAAUACCCAAAUCUACCCCAUAUUAGAAGAUGAGCAUCGUUAGAGGUCAGAGUUUCAUGGUAAGGUUAUAGUUGCAGUCUGUUGUACUUCGAUCUCUGCUGAUAUUGAUUUAGUUUUUCUUCUUUAUUCCAAUCAGCACAUAAAUUUACUUAACUUUCUUAGAACCUUGUAGAUAUUAAAAUAACAGACUGAACACAGGAGUUACAUUUUCUUGUCUUUAUUCUCCUACAGCUCGUCUGCCAUUCAAGCGCCUCAACCCUGAACCUAAAGAGAACCAGCCGCCUAAACGCCCCUGCGUACACGCCUGCCCUCAUCCAGAAGUGUUGGACAGGGAGAAUGAGAACGACUCCCUUACAGUCCCUGUACACAGCAAACCACCCUUGGUUAAUGGCCGCGGACCCCUAGAUGGCUUUCUGAGUCGCAGGCGUCCUGCAGCCUCGGAUGAAAACGUAAUAGAUCUCACCGAGGAAGACACUUCAUCACCCAAAAAGCGCCACAUCACGCCCGCUCCUUCCUCUCUUCCCCUCCCGACUAAUGGCAAGCACAAGGACAGAGAUGAGUCUGCCUCUUCUGAGAAAUCAAGCAGUGCCGAUCAAACGGCUGAAACACAAACUUUAGACUGCACAGUAGGCAGCGAGGAGGAUGACGACGAUGAAGAGGCAAAGGCAGAAGAGGAGAAUCAGACAGCAUCUGUAUCUCAGCUUGACACAACGCAGGAUUCUGACAGUGAAGCAGAGGAGCAGGAUGAGUCAGGAAAUGCUUCCAGUUUAGGGAACAGGUCCAUGCUGUCCGUCUCAUCAGACAGCUCUUCAUCUGAAAGCUCACCGGAGAAAUCCAAGACUGACACCCCCACACCCACUACUCCUGCAGUAUGUAAAACUCUUGUUUGUUGCUUUUUAGUCUUGUUAUAUUUGCUGUAACUGACCAAUAUUUCACAGUAUGACUCGUAGCUUUUGUUUUUACAGGCCUUGAUACACAUUACCUGUGAAACUGUUGAUUUCAUAAUGUAGAUUUGACAUAGUUUCAUGCUCCUCAGCGAAUGAAUACUUAAAAUAAUCAAAUCUCUGUAAAUUUACCCAGUUUUCAAGAUGUUCACGACUAUUUCUAUCUAUUCAGGCAUUUAAUAUCCCAUUAUAUAGUGAAGUGAAAACACUGACUAAGCUGAUGUUGUCUUAAAAAAGAGUGAAUGAUCUUUUAAAAAGAGAUUUCCUUUCCUCCUAGGAGCCAAAGACCACCCCCAAGAUACCAGCAGAUCAGAAACAGAUGAAGCGGCGCUCACUCAAGGUGAGAUUAUAGAUUUUUGUAUACUUAAAGCUACUUGGUUUGACACACAACCUCUAUUCUUACAUGGCGAAUUCCUUGUCUACGUUGGUAUUUAAAUCUGACUGAACAUCUGUACUUGUAGAGCACCCAAGAACAAGAGGAGAAGCUUCGGCUGCGGCAGGAAAAAGAACGGCAGAAAGAAGAGGCCAAAGCCGCAAAGGAGAAAAAGAAAGAAGAGGCUCGCAAGCUAAAAGAGGAGCGACAGAAGGAAAAACAAGAGAAGAAAGAAAAAGGUGAACGAGAGAAGCGAGAGAAGAAAGAGAAGGAAGAGAAGGAAAAAGCGGAGAAGUUAAAGGCAAAAGAGGAGAAGCGUAAAUCAAAGCUUGAGUGAGUAAUACAAGUUAUUCUAUUUGACUGACUUUCAUCACCAUAAGGUAGCAAUUUUAUUUGAUGUAGUCCAUUUAGUGAGCUGUUGUAUUCACUGGAUCUGUCCCCAGGGCAAAGCUCGAAGAAAAACGCAAGAAAGAGGAGGAGAAGAGAGUGAAGGAAGAAGAGAAACGGUUGAAAGAGGAGAAGGAUGUAGGUUGAUGCAGAAAAGAGAAGUGUAGAUGUUACCUCGAUAGAUGUCACAACAUUUCUGAACCCUGUUUACGACUGACCUCUUUGUUGAGUGAUCUGUUGACCAGUCUGUGUCUGUUCACAGCGCCUCAAAGCUGAGAAAGCAGAAAUCACAAGAUUUCUUCAAAAACCCAAAAUCCAACAGGCUCCAAAGGUCAGUGGAUGUAUUUCUCACCAGACAAUACCAGUACAUAAAAUUGUUGUCUGGGGGUUUAAGGUUGUUGGCGUUGGUUUAUCUCUCUGUAUCUUUUGAAGUUCAUAAUCAAAGUGCAUGCUUGACUACUUCUUUGUUGCCUUAGAGCUAUUUAUUGGCUAACUGGAGGACAAACUGAAUAUAUGCCUGCAACUUCUUAUCCUUUCACAGACUCUCGCAGCAGCAUGCGGUAAGUUCGCCCCAUUCGAGAUCAAGGAAAACGUAUACCUGGCACCACUGUGCAGAGUUCACUGCGAAGAGUCUGUCCUGGAGGAACUGGAUCAGAGUUUGUUGAACCCCGAUGAAAACCUGAACGGACUAAAAGACUGGAUCAAGCGAAAGCCCCGCCGGUCAGGACCUACGAAACCCCGACCGCCCAAAGCUCUGAGGUAUGAAUGGCAGCAGUGAGAAGUUAAUUUGCAAAAUAUCCCAUAAUAUACUAACCUCAAAAUUUACUGUUGGGUGGAUUUUUCUUUCUUCUUAGAUUGUCAUGUUUCUAUAAGAUAAAAUUACAAAGUAUUCAAAUUCAUUUCUCUAAACUCUCCAUCAGGGAUGACCUUUAAAAUCCAGUCUUGCAUUCAAACCAAUAUGAUUUAAUCAUCAUUGGUACAAAGUUUUAUUGGCCCUUGGACAUGUUAAGUUGAGUCAGGUUAAAAUCAAAUCGCUGUGCAAAAACAUACAUUGAUUGUCUACCAGCCAACAUUUAUUUUGUUGUUAUUAUGUAGAAUAUUCUUCAGAGGAUGGCUGAAUUUGCCAAAAGUCAAAAGUUACGCUUCAUUUUAUCAAAGAAAAAGACAAGCAGGUUGCAAAAUGUAAUUUAUCUUUCAACCUUAACUCAAGGGCAGAGACUUCAUGGUCAUGCACGUCAUCAAAGAGUAUCAAAUCAAACCAAAAAGCAGCUCCUCAGCUGCCUUUAGGGAGCAAAAUAGUGAAGUCUGUGAGAGUGUCAUCACCCUCCUGUAAAAGCAGCUCGAACUUUGUAAAAAAGACGUCAGUAAAAACAUAUUAGUUCAUUAAAUUUCCAAACUAAGUGGCGUAGUUAUACCAGCUGGAUACCAAUUCUACUCAGUCUAACAAUCUGAACUUUCUCCCACAUUAUUAGGUAUCGACAGAGCCUUGUAUCGGGUUUGAUAAUUGUAUCAGUAUCAAUAAAAUGUAACCAUUCCCAUCCUUAAUCCUCGUAUAAAACCUGAGGUGACGUUAUCAUUGUGUUUAAGAGUAAAGCGUCGGAGUAGGAAUCCUUUAAAACUCGUCUCAUACAAAAAAGUUGGUUAUUGUAAGCUCUUAAUGUUCAUCACAGCCAUUUGCCUCCGUUGUAUCGGCAAUAACAGAUAUCCUGGUUUAUUUAUUUUUUCACUCAAUCUCUGUCUCCUUCCUCUUGCUCUCUGCUUUUUUAGUGAUUGUGUAGUGGAAGUGACUAAACCUGAUGGUGUACCAGACCGUAAACGUUAUGGACCAAUGAAGCUGCUUCAGUUCCAUGGAAACUACCGUCCAGCCUACUGGGGCACCUGCAGUAAGAAGAGUUCGUUCAUCUCACCCAGAUGUCCCCUCAGACAAGACAAGGUAAAUUCUACUUCACACAGGCCCACAGUUUUUGAGGCCCUGCUUUUGAUUUCUGUCUCUAAGAAGAUUUGAUGAUGGGCUCUUACUGAACUAGUUUGUUUUUAAAGCUGUGAGACUAAAUGCUGCGUCUGUCACCACAGGAACUGUUGGACUACGAGGUGGACAGUGAUGAAGAAUGGGAGGAAGAGGAACCAGGAGAGUCCCUGUCACACAGUGAAGGGGUAAGUUUCUCUAAAGUAGCUUUUUCUCCAAGCCCUUUUAUUCAAAGCAGAGGAAACCAUCUCGUGUCAAAUGGCAGAUGUUACUAAAGACAUAGAAAUAAGGCUUAUCAAAUGUUGUUUUGAUAGGUUCACAUGUUUUCAAUGCAGUUUUGGAAGAGAAAAAAAAACAGCUUAGGACCAAAAAGGAGGCAGGCCUAAUUCAGUUUUAUCAGCCUGAUGGAAAAAACAAAACAAAACACACCAUCCUCUAAUCGUUCCUGGCUGGGGAUAGAAAGAGACACACAGAUGUGAUGAUUGAAGUGAGAUGUCUGAUGGUAAAUAUCAGCCACUUCAUACAGCUCCUUUUAAAGGUACCUGGUUGCUGCAGAUGUCACUCUCCGUGGGCUCAGUUUUUGGAGCCGUCAGGAUUGUGGACAGGGUAGAAAAGAGGUAGAGAAGUGGUAGGAAUGGAGCCACAGACCGGACGUGAACUCGGGUCAACUGCUCUAUACAGCCUCUAUAUAGGGGUUUCACACAGUCUGUUAGGCUAGUGGUAUCCCCUUGCACCUUAGUUUUGAAUUUGUGUAAAGCUAUACGGUAAAAACAAGCCAGACCCAGGAGUAUUGUAUGAAAUGGUUUAAAAGUUAAGGUCUGUCGAUUUGACAUCUGUCAAAUGUCACUGUCCACCUCCACCUGAAUGUCCUGCUGACUAAUUUACAGGGUUCCAACGCUAGUAUGGAAAGGAAUGUGAUAAAUUUCCAGGUCUUAAAAAGUAUGGAAAAAUAUUUAUGUUUUCAGAUUAUAACCCAGUUCUAAAAUACUGUCUUCAAAAACAGAAAAGUAGGUAUUGCUAAAAUUAAUUUUAAAAAGUAAGGAAUGGAAAAAUAUUGAAAUUCUAACUGUGUAGGAACCCUGAAUUUAGGGGAAAAAAUACAGUUCAUUUAGACUGAAACACAAAGACAGGCCAGGACUCACUGCUGUGUGUGUGUGUUUGUGUAUAUGUUACACAUUUGGGACUAAACAGAAACAAGGUGAGAAAAUGAAUGAGUGAAUGUGGUCCGGCUGGAGAAAAACAGCAAAAAUAAUACUUAAAGUGACCCAAUCUGAGCUUUCGAUAUAACACAGUAGCUAUAAAUUGAGCAGUGUAACCCUCACCCUUCCCUACAAGCUUUUGACGGUAAAGAUGUGUUGAUCAUUUCAGGAAGAUGAGGAAGAAGGAGGUGAUGAUGAUGACGACGACGGCUUCUUUGUUCCUCAUGGAUACCUUUCAGAUGAUGAAGGGGCACCAGAAGAAGAGGUAUGAAGGAAGCUGCUACAUUUCUUGUUUUUUCAUUAUUUUUACAGAUUACAUUUGUCUCUCUUUUUUUUAAAUUCACAUUUAUUUAUUUUUCUUUAAAAGUAGAUAUGUACAUUACUGCUUCCUCCUUGCACAAGAAUUAACACUUUCAUCCUCCCAGGAUGGUGGAGACCUGGAAAAGCAGAAAUUACGACAGAAGCUGAAAGCGAGGGAGUGGGAUGAGCUGAUGUCCAGCAAGAAGAAGAUGAAGGUGCUGGAGCCAGUGGUGAAGGGCUGCAUCUGGGAGGGAGAAGGCUCCGGUGUGCAGCUCCUCCAGCCUUACGCCGUGUGUCUCGUUGAGCCCUUACCUAAGACAGAAAACAGCCCCAACCCUGAAGAGGUGUCACAGAGGUGUGAGAGAGAAGCACAGUGUAAGUGGACACCAGUGAUUUACCUGAAGAGAUGAAUAAAAGUUUAUUGACAUCCUGUUAUUAUGGCAGUGGGCCUUAAGGACUUGAGAACCACUGUAUUAUGGGACGAUGAAUUCAGGACACUAGAGCUGGAAAAGUCAAGAAACUCAGAAUUCAAAUUUAAUUUUAAUUCUUUGGCUCAAGAUAUCGACCGAUAUGGUCAGAUAUUUCUCAAUCAUGUGAUGGUUUAUGUAGUAACUGUGCUGUAACUCACAUUCAGGUUUUACUUAUAUUAACUACUCUGCUACAUUAGCUCUAACCUCAGGACUCGACAGUGCGACCGUUUCACCCGCAUUUGCGACUAAAAAUAGGUGUGUGCAAAUUUUAAAAUGUAUUUAGGGGCACAUGUGGGCAUGAAAAAAGUAUCAGCCGAGGCAACAAAUGUUUUUUCAUGUAAAUACCGCGGUGAAGUUAGUUUAACGUUGGAUAUCUGACGGACAUUCACUGCGGAUCAACCAGUGUCUUCUCACUCUCCAUAACAAAGAAUAGCAACAGCAGCGCAGUUAAAUCUACUUGGCACCCUCGCUGUCAACGUCUGGUGUUGAAUAAGGGACUGUCAAUAAAUUACCUGUUGAUGUUCUCAAAAAAGGCCAUUUUCUUUCAAUAGCUUCUAUUACAUGUGACCAGUUGACCCUAAAAUUUAUUUCAAAUAAUAGUACUUAUUAAAGCUGGGAUAAUAUGCUUUUCUCCCGAUUCGAUUCUUCCACGAUUUUUGGACGCCGAUUUGUUUUAAAUUGCGAUUCUAUAAUAUUGUUGAUUUUUUCGAUAUUUAAUCUGCGUUUUUAACACCAGUAGAACAGUUGAAUGAUUAUGAUUCUCUACUGACUAUUCCAGGAACCGUAUCUCCCCAAAAAAUACACAUCGCAUGUAAGUCAGUUUUUAAGAUUUAUUCUUAAAUUUGAACAAAUAAAAAAAAAAAAAAAAAUUAAAAUUGUAAAACCAAAAAUUGCGAUACUUAUGUGAAUCGAUUUUCUCUCCCACCCCUAGUACUUCUGUCGACCAAUAAGACAAACAUUAUUCGAUCAAUUUUCAUUGCGCCCCUCAAGUUCUUUUUGUGCUCCUUACUUUUUCAACUUAGGGCACAUGUGCUCCUUGUGAAAAAAGUUUGUGUCAAACCCUGAGCUUCAAGUAUUUUUGGCUCUCGUUCCCACUCAUAGGACAUGUUAUUAGAAGUGAUGGUUACAUAAAGGGCGUUUCCACUCCCUCUGCUAACUUUAACAACCCGCCGACUGCUCCCUGUCUUGGAACAGCAACUCUUCUGCAAUGUUAUGUUUUGGUGUGGCAUGAUGCUUUUCCAGAGUGUGUACCAUCUUCUUAAAGCUCCCUACAUGAUGAUGAGGAUGAUGAUACACUGAAGUGUAGUUCCUCACGGCGAGGUUGCAGGAUUUUCAUUUGACCUCACAGAGUUUACUCACAACACGAACACGCUGAUGUGUCCAAACAUCAGCAUUUAAUAUUGUAGACACUGCCUCCAUGUGACACCCUAAUACUGUUGACAUAAUCACUAAACAAAAAGUCAACAACUCUACGACUUGAAACACAGCGCGGCGGAACCCACAGCGACCCCUGAGGAGUGGGGCCUCAUUACAAUAGAACUAACGGAGUCUCGGUAUGUCUGAAUCAGGUUCAAGAUAACUUUAUUGAUACCUUUGGGUAGAUUUGUUUUGCAGUCUGGAAAGGCAUUUCAAGCGUUAUGCACAAACAUUAAAAACACAAGACACAUGCAGCAGACAGGUUAAAAACAGCACAGACCAAAGACAUUGACAGGUACUCCCAGUGGCUCACUGAUCGUGGUCAAGAGACUAAAAUAAAUGAAUAAAAUAAACAAAAUAAACAAAAGUCAUUGGAUAUCACUAAAAUGCCAGUAUGACCCUGUUAAGAGCAUGCUAAAACAUAAAAGCAUGAUACAAAGGACAGUAACUAUUAAUAAAUGAAAUAAACAAGUAAGUUAAGAUCACGUUAGAAAAAGACAGACCACACAACUGGAAGUGGAGUGCGUCAAGACUUAUUUAAAAGAGAAACAGCCGCAGGAACAAAGCUGUUUCUGUAGCGAGUGGUCUUAACUCUCGGGACUUUGAAUGUCCGUCCAGAUGGUAGCAGCUGGAACUCACUCGCUAGAGGAUGAGAGCCAUCAGCGGGAAUGGAGCUGACCAGUCACUGAAUCAGUUUUGAAUUGGGGAUCAAAUACUGUAUAUUUCAGUGCACUGAUGAAUCCUUUUAUCCCAGCCCUAAGGAGCGUAAUAAACAGUUUCAACAGUCAUCACAAAGGUGCUGUGGAGCUGCGACCAGGCUGCCAUUGCUUGAAGUUUAUAUGGAUCAUCUUUCUUUAGCUGCGCAAAUCAGCGAGCACCAACUUACUGAUCUUUUAAUACGUUUCAGUUUUGUGUUCAAUUAUAUGCUUAACAGUUAUUUCAAUCAGUUUUGAUGCCUUAAAAGUUAAUCUGGUUGAUCAAACUGUGAUAAAAUAUCUCAGUUUUAAUGUUUCUUUGACAGGGCUCUAUAUAUAUAUAAAAGUUUGUUGAUUCACUGAAAUUGAGAACAAGUAAGCCGUCUUGACUUUGGUUUGUAAGUAGCGCUACAACAGAGUAUAAUCAGCACUAUCUGUGUUGAUUAUCUCCUCUUAUUUAUUUCUUUGCCCCUUUCUCACAGCCUACCUUCAAAUGUCCCUCUUUGUAAGACUACUGUGCCUAAUCUUAAUUUUUUAGUGUAUUUGUUUAUACCCCCCACGUUCCUUGAGGUCUGCUGAUCAGCUCCAACUCAUUGUCCCUAAAACUGCUUUGAAAACCUGUGGCGAUCGAGCUUUCUCGGCAGUGGCUCCCAAACUGUGGAAUGAAUUGCCACUCGAGAUUAAAACAUCUCCCACUCUUUCUACUUUGAAAUCACGUCUUAAAACUAAUCUGUAUUCCUUGGCUUUUAGCUUAGCAUGAGAAGUUGUGCGAUCGCUGUCCUUUUUAUGGUUCUUUUAUGACUUUUAUUUCUUUUCCGCUUUUUUUAAAAACAUUUUUACCUGCUUUUAAGUGUAUCCCAUUGAUUUCUUUUAAUGUUUCUGUGCAGUACUUUGCUAAACUUGAAUGUUUUUUUUUUAAAAUGUGCUAUAUAAAUAAGGCGGAUUGAAUAGGAUUAGAUAUUUAAGGUCAACUGAAUUCACUUUGUUGUAGUGAGUAACUACAAUGGUCCGAAAAUUCACCUCCAGUAGAAUCACAUCACAUUUCUGUUACAAAGUCACAGUAGUUUUGUAGUUUCCACUUCUUUUGUGCAUUUGUUUAUGUAUGUGUUUAUAAUGCACUCAACAAAUCUCUAUUCCUCCUUUUUUCCCCGCAGUACUCUGUCAGCUGCUGCCUCUGCUGCAUGGAAAUCUCAACAGCAGCAAAGUGAUCAUCACGGAAUUUCAGGAGUUUUGUCGUCAGCAGACCUCUUCCUCCACCUCCUCGUCCCCUCCUGUGCUGUCCAGCCCUCAGAGCCCAGCGGAAAACAUCCCGACCAGGUGAAACAGAGUUACACAAUCAAAAGAAGAGAAGUUUGAUAAACACAACACAUCCACUCAUGCUGAAUUAUCACAUGUCCCUCUUUGUUCAUCAGAAUACAGGUGAAGCGCCUCAUUAAAAACAACGCCGUCUAUGAGAAGCGCUCCACCUACAGACGCUGCUGCUGGUACGUGCACCCAGAGGUCCUGUCACGUUUUGGCCAGGAGGCUCUGCCCGUGCCGUGCCAGUGGACCUACCUCACCCCAGGAGCUCGAGAAGAGUCUCGCGAAGAACCCCAGGCAGCUACAGGCUCUCAGGGCAACUCUCCCACUACACCCCAGACCUCCUCAACCACACCUUCAUCCUCCAACAAAAGGAAGAGCACGGGCAGCAUGUCCAUCACCAAGUUCAUGAAGCGGUGUACUGAAAACGAGCAGGUAGAGAUUUCUGGUUUACCAGGACAUCUUAGAUAAGACAUGAUUAUUCCACUAUAUACUUUAUUUUUCUCUUUGCAUCUGGUACACGAUAAUAUAGUCCAUUUCCUUCUUUAGACGGAAACAGUGGAGGCAGACGGUUUCCAAGCUGACACCGAGGAUGACGACGAGGAAGACUGUGUCGUUGUCUCUGUCAAGAGUGGUGAGUUUAGCGAGAGAAGAUAAAAGCUGUCCUCACAAAGUUUGGGUGUCAACUCAAAGAUUCACUAAAACAAAGCAAACAAUAGAGAACAUCAUGACUUUUACAGGAUGCACUGGAGACUAGAGAUGCGUGAAACAGGGGCAGAGUAGAGCAGUAUUGCAACAUUUUUGACCUUUGUGGGCUCAGUUAUCGACUCGUACCAUCUUUGAACUUCAGCACACAGUUUGUUGAAACACAAAGGGCUGUUUCUAAACAACCUGUAGAAGCACAGGAAGCAAAGAAGCUACGCCUCCAUGUACUCAUCAGACACAGACUGAUCACUGUAUACAAUGAACUAUGUCUGCAAAGAUUGUUGUUAUAGCUAUAGGGAAAAAAAAAAUCAAUCUACACUGCAGAAACGUGAGUUUGUGCACGUGUUUGGCACUCCAUUGACCAAUUAGAAUUCAGGACACAUGACCUGUAUCUAACCGGAUGUCAGUUCAACGAGCUUCUGUGUCUUCGACAUCAAAAGAGGAAGAGUGUGGACAUUUGUGAAGUCACUGUUUCUGCUGCAGUGGUUAGAUUUGUAGCUGGGUGUCUGUUUCAGUGUGAAGCAAAUAGGCAUGAGUCAGCUGAAUCAUCACAAUAUGGAGAACUUGGUGUCAGUCUCAGGCCUGUAAAGGACUUCUGUUUCAUUUUACAUAAGUGCACUCAGUAUUUUUGACAGUCAUCAAAGCUCUGUCCAAAUUUGACAUGUACAAGUUUGACACUUUGGCUUUGACAAAGAGUAACAGCUGGUAGAUCUUGGAGGUUCUGGUCCAGCCCCCUCUGUUUAAAUGGUCUGUUUUCUCAACCCUCACUGUGGUUUAACUGUUGAGAAAAUGUCUUUUUAAAGGGAAAUUCUGGCGUAAAAUUAAGUUAGGUUCAAACACACCAUCGAGAGAUGAGUGUUGUCGAUCACUUGCUUCUCUAGUUAUACCUCUAUAACUUUAGUAACAACCGCAGAUAGCAAUACACAGCCGUCUCAGGAGCCACGUGCUCAACCAAAAAGCCACUCUACAGCCACAAAUAAUGCUCAGAACAGCACCUAACUUCAUCAACAGUACAUAUAGGGUCCUAGCCAUAGUACUAGCCACCAAACGUUUUUUUAAAUUUGCCUGAUUUCUUUAGCAAAGAGAGUAAACACAACUCACCUACUUUCUUCCAGCAGCCGCUUGUUUGUGCGAAGACACCCGGGCAAGUUUAUCUACUGCAAUGGCGUGAUGCAGCUCAAGGAAGAACAUUUAUGAUCAUUUCUCAUCAUUUCCUUGAAGUAAUAAUCAUCAUAAUAAUCAUUUUGUGCUGCAGACGUGGUAGUUCUUCUGCCUUAGUGUCUCGAUCUGAUUGCAUUUCCAUUAAGAAAUGAUCAUAAAUGUUCUUCCUUGAGCUGCGUCCCCCCGCAGCAGUCGGUGAUGCACUCGUCUGAGGUCUUUGUAGAAACAAGCGGCUGCUGGAAGAGAGUAGGUGAGUUGUGUUUAGUCUCUUUGCUAAAGAAAUCGGACAAAGCUAAAAAGAUGUUUGGUGGCUAGUGCUGUGGCUGGGACCCUAUAUGUACUGUUAAUGAAGUUAGUUAGGUGUUCUGAGCAUUAUGUGUGGCUAUAGAGUGGCUUUUUGGUUGAGCACGUGGCUCCUGAGACCGCUGUGUAUUGCUAUCUGCGGUUGUUACUAAAGUUAUAGAGGUAUAACUAGAGAAGCAAGCGGUCAGCAACAUUCAUCUCUCGACAGGGUCUCUAACUUAGUGUAACUACGGUGUAUUUGACCCUAACUUAAUUUUAUGCUGAAAUAUCCCUUUAAGCUGGAAGUAGGAGCCAAGCCGAGCUUCUGACUACCUUCUUUUCAAUGUUUCCCUUGCUCCCGCUUUCAUGGCAAAUAAGUCCCACCUGAUAAUGGCAGCUCUCCUCUUAACAGUCUUCAAAUUUCGUGAAUUGAACUUAAGUCACAGGGGUAUGUUAUAUUUUUAAGGCUGGAGAAAUGAAGAACCACAUAAAAACUUCUAAACACACUCAAACUUUGGACCACUUAGAAGGAGAAAUUGUUUAACGUCCAGACUUCAAUUGCUGUCGAGACUUUAGUCAUUAAAGUUAGAGGAGUGAGGAUGGGAUCGCUGGCAUUGCAAUCCUCCUUUUGAGGCAGUGCAGGUGUGAGGACUCCUGCUGCAGCAGAGAGGGCAGACAAACUCUGCAGUCCUGAUUUUAGAAAACAUCAGCUGUCUAAAUCUGGAGGAGGGAUGCUGGAUUAUUUUGUUUUCAUUAAAGAAAGUUCAAUUGUUCACCCUUUUCCUUUUGAUACAGCUAUACAAAGUAUUCAUGAUCGGAGUAACAACUUGUCAAAUAUGUUCUGCAGGCCAGGUGAGAGAGGACUCCUCUGGCGAUGGAAACUGUUCAAUGGAAGUCACUCCCUCCGACACGGCUUCUCUUCCCGUGGCCAGCACUGCUUCUAACCUCGCCACUGCCUGAGGACGGGCUGGUCUUUCUCCUCUAACCAAACAAUCUGGUGUCACUCAGAAUCCUGCUGUAUGAUCUGAACUCUGCAUUGGCCAAGACCGAAUAUGAACUUUAUGCAAGACAAAGCCUCACACUCAGCAACUCACAGCAGAUGCAGACCACUUUAACACAGCUGUUUUUUUCUCAAUGGAGUCGAGAAGAAAACAAGAUACUAACUGAGUAUCUCGACUCUUUAGGGCGCUUUUGUUGAGUGGCUCAUAGCUGUUUGAGUUUUGCAUUAAAGGUUCAGUCUGGCAUGUUUGUCAAGGGCCACUUUGGUAAAUGGAGCCUCUCUUUAAUUUGCUAUAACAAACUGAGUCGAACAGAGGAAGAGGGGGCAGAAUGAAACUACCAAAUGUUCACGAGAUUAAAAUCAGCAUUAUUCACAGUUCGUCACACUUGAUAUUCUUGACACCACGAUGUUUUUGGAUUCCCUCAUGUAUAACUGUAUAUAUCUGUUGCCAGAAAUAAGAGUUAAAAACGGGAAGGCUAAAAGUCCAAUUGUACAUUUCCCUUGGGGUGCAUUCGUUCUGCAAUUUCUAAUUCUGACAACUCACUGGAGUAGUUGCUAGAGCUGUACUUGUACAGUUAAGACCAGUGCAACAAUGUUUUAUAAAUAUGUAUUUUCUGUAUUUUUUGAAGAAUACUUGAACAGGAGAAAUUCAUUAAACAUGAAUAAAAGUACUGCACUUUUAAAUGCCAUUCAUUUCUUGCCACUCAGUAGUGUGAUGACGGUUGCUCAUAUUCUUUAGACGGAUCUCUGCUGGUGGUUAAAAUUACUGUAAAUAUUAACACAGGAGAUGCUGUAUUCAAUUACAGAGGGUCAGUUAAGUCUUCAAAGUGUCUAAGGUUAGAUGAAUGGGCCUCUGCAACAUGAAGUCCUAACAAGGUUCUCAGUUAUCUUUUUUUGUUAUCAAUACAUAUAUGAAUAAAAUUAUUUUUGUUUUUUGUUGAAAAA